UGCCGAAAACAAGUGCCAUGAAAUUUCCAUGCCUCUUAUCGCUCAUCUUUUUGCUAUACCUAAAUGCUGUCUUCGCGGGUGGAAUAGCUAAUCGUUACUAUCUGGAGAAGCAACGCUUUCUGCUGGAGAUACUCCAUCAUGUCCACGAACCUCUUCUUAACGAUCAAUGGCGUUCGUUGGGUGAACAUUUGGUCAGCGAUAAAACCCAAUAUGUGGUGUACAAUGAACAAAUGUCCGACUUCUUUGAGACCUUUACCCGUGGCAGACUUGUGCCCCGUGAGGUGUACUACAAUCCGCAGUACCCCGCGCAUUAUCAGCAGUCAUUGGGUCUCUAUAACUUCUUCUAUCACACACGGGAUUGGAUUACUUUAUGGCAAAACAUCUGCUGGGCACGGGUGCAUGUGAAUCCGGGAAUGUUUCUGCAGGCUUUGAGCCAGGUGCUGCUCAAGCGGGAGGACUAUCAGGCGCUGGUCAUGCCCAAGAUUUAUGAGCUGUGGCCAGAAGCGUUUCACAAUGAGGUGACCGUGAGGAGUGCAAGAAAUUUCAACUUUGCCAAUUGGAUACGACAGCAGGACACAUUCACGAGUCAGCCGCUGGAGGUGCAACAGAUUCUGCCCCAAGAGUUGCAGCCCAUUCGGCUGGAGGGAGAUCUGCGUAGCUGCACCAAGUGGUUCGAGGCGAUGGCUGAUGUGCACAUACUUCGACUCAAGGAACAUCAGCGAGGACUGCACCGCCUGCAGCAUCUCAUCGAGGACAUUGGCUGGCAGUCCUAUUGGUACUACAUCAAUCUGGGCAUAGCCCAGACGGAUAACAGCUCGCAGGAGCUUCAGGAGUGGUGGUACAACCAGUUGGGUCAGCUCUUGGCACGCUACAAGCUGGAACGCUAUGGCCAGCAGCUGCCAUACAAACCAUUAACCCUCCAGGAGGCGGAUAACCUGCGUACACCGCACCUGUUGACCUGGCUCAAUCAACGCUUUCAACUGGUGACCCCGACCACCGCGAAAAAGGUGACCCAAGCACUGCAAACCCUAGAGACAAACGUUGCCGAUGCAAUUUCAACGCGUAGAUUUAUGCUAAACAAUGGCUCCAACAUCGAUCUGGAAGCAGCUGCCAACUGGCGGCUGGGCUUAAGGGAACUCUUUCCCUUUGACCUGACACAACUGCAACUGGAGUCGGCCAGCGAGCCCCAAUUGUUGCUCGAUCUGCGCACUUCGCUGCGUUCGACAGAGUUCUAUUACUACGCUGAGCGUUUACUCCUUUCGUAUCGAAGGUAUCGUCAGGUUCUGCAACCCUCACCCAGAACUUCUUUCAGACCCACCGAACUAAGGAUUGAUUCAAUGGACAUCACUCCACUGAUCACCUACGACGAACCGGUGGAUGUGGAUCUAAGCAAUCUGCUGCAUGCUCGACACUUUCACUACGAUGGACACUUCAUGUGGCCUUUCACCCUGCAGCAACGACAAUAUCGACUGCAGCAGGAGCCCUUUAGCUUCAGUCUUCAAAUCACCAGCAACAAGACCCAAUCGAUCGUCUUGAGACUUUUUCUCACUACCGCAGAGAGUGACUCUGGUGCUGUCAAUCGAGAGCCCUUCUAUCAGUUGGACUCCUUUCUGACGGUGCUCUAUGAAGGUGUGAACCGAAUUACCAGAGAUUCUCGACAGAUAAGUGGGUUGAUUGGUGAUCACAUCUCACUCACCGAACUCCACCAGUAUGUGAGGCUGGCCGAGCAGGAGGAGUUUGAUUUCCCACUGAAUAUUUCCACUCCGAAUUGCGGCUUCCCCAGGCGUUUGAUAUUGCCCCGCGGUGGUCAGCGGCAGGCCCUGCGUCUGCGCCUACUGAUCGUGGCCACGGUUUACGACUUCAAGGCCAGGCAGGCCAACGAACUGAACUGUGACUUCAGCAAGGGGGUUAGCCGCUGGGACGAGCUUCCCUUGGGCUAUCCCUUCGAGCGUUAUUUGGAGGUGGAGGAUGAGGCGUUGCAUCUAUGGGGAGAUCACACCUUCUGGCAGCCUGUGGAGAUCAAUCAUGUGGAUCGUUUUCGCCAUGAAUAAAUAAAGAUUUGAUGAUCUUUGGAGUUCUAAUGG